AAUCAUACCCUUUUUCCGCGUUUUUUCCUCUUCUUCUUCCUCCUCCUCUUCCCCCCUCCUCUCUCUCUCUUGAUUUAUCCUCCAAUCAAAUCACAGGAAAAGCUGCUAUUCUCUCUGUUUCUCUGACUACUUUCUCUCUCUAAAAGCUUUUUCUGGGCCGGAGGGAUUAUUGAGCAAUCUGUCGAGCUUAAUCUGCAAUGAAGCUGUGUCUGAUACCUUUGGGAACGAAAUAUUUGUAGAUGGGUUCAAUGUACGAUCCUUUCUGCUCGAUCUGUCACUGACUUGCCUUGUUCAUCUGUUCUAAGAAAUGUUAGAAUAUAGAACAAAAUGAGCCAGACAGAAAUAUCAAGGAUGAAGCCUUCUCUUGUCCCACUUGCAACUUUGAUUGGUCGGGAGCUUAGGGGAGAGAAGGUUGAGAAACCAUUCGUGAAGUAUGGCCAAGCGGCUUUGGCCAAGAAAGGAGAGGAUUACUUUCUGAUCAAACCCGAUUGCCAGAGGAUUCCUGGGAAUCCCCUGACAUCAUUCUCUGUUUUUGCGCAGAUAUUUGAUGGGCAUAAUGGUAUAUCAGCUGCGAUCUUUGCCAAAGAGAAUUUGUUGGAUAACAUCCUGAGUGCAAUUCCCCAAGGAGCCAGUAGGGAAGAAUGGCUUCAAGCACUUCCUCGGGCAUUGGUUGCUGGGUUUGUAAAAACUGACAUAGAAUUUCAACAGAAAGGAGAAACUUCUGGGACAACUGUGACAUUCGUAGUGAUUGAUGGUUGGACUGUGACUGUUGCAUCUGUUGGGGAUUCUCGAUGCAUAUUGGACACUCAAGGAGGUGUAGUUUCUCUCCUGACUGUUGACCACAGACUGGAAGAAAAUGUCGAAGAGAGGGAGCGUGUAACUGCAAGUGGGGGUGAAGUAGGAAGACUAAAUGUUUUUGGUGGCAAUGAGGUUGGCCCACUUCGCUGCUGGCCUGGUGGAUUAUGCCUUUCUAGGUCUAUUGGUGACACUGAUGUAGGAGAAUACAUUGUUCCCAUUCCACAUGUUAAGCAAGUGAAGCUCUCAGAUGCUGGAGGAAGACUAAUAAUAGCUUCUGAUGGAAUUUGGGAUGCACUAUCUUCUGAUAUGGCAGCGAAAUCUUGUCGAGGACUGCCUGCAGAGCUUGCUGCAAAGCUGGUAGUUAAGGAGGCUCUAAGAUCAAGGGGUUUGAAAGACGAUACAACUUGUCUGGUUGUUGAUAUAAUCCCAUCAGACCAGCCUGUUUUACCUCCAACUCCAAGGAAGAGACAAAAUGUGCUUUCUUCGCUUAUCUUUGGGAAGAAAUCCCAAAAUCCUGUUAGCAAAGCUAAGCUUUCUGCUGUUGGAGUUGUGGAGGAGUUAUUUGAAGAAGGUUCUGCAAUGCUUGCUGAAAGGCUUGGUAAGGAUAUUUCUCUGGAUGCAAAUUCUGGAAUCUUCAGAUGUGCAGUCUGCCAAGUGGAUCAACCCCCAGCUGAUGGUCUAUCUGUAAACUCGGGCCCUUUCUUUUCACCUGCAUCCAAGCCCUGGGAAGGUCCAUUUCUCUGCACAACUUGUCGGAAAAAGAAAGAUGCCAUGGAAGGAAAAAGGCCGAGCAGACCGACAAUAAUCUCAUAGUAAUAAUCCUCCUGAUUGCGUCAUAUAUAUUUUUUUCCCUGGCAGUGUGAGCAUACUUAGUUGGUAGUUUUCGUUUGGAAGGUGGUGAUUAUUAUAGAUGUUUUGUAAGAAAUGAGGUUGAGAUACGAAGGGCCAGUAGCUGUUUUGCCCUUGUUAAGAGUUUUGUGUGGAUUCUGGUAUGUGCUCUCAGCUGUUGGACUGACUGACGGAGAACAGAAGUGGUGUCUGAACUGAUUGAUAAAGAUAUCUUUAUGAUUUGGUUUUUGAUAGCUAACAGCUUGUAUUUGUAAGUAAAUUGAAGAAUCCAUAGUGAUAUGUUUUGAUACAGUAGCUCUUCUAUAUUCCGCUUAA